AUGUCAUUUCCAUGGUCGUACUCAGUUCUAGGCCUGGUUCCAGGACUGAUCUUGACUAUCGUUGUUGCUGCGCUGGUCCUAUACACUUCCUUGAUCGUAUGGGAGUUUUGUCUUCGGCACCCGGAUGUUAAAGAUGUCUGCGACAUUGGAAAGAUACUUUUCUGGGGCAAAAACUGGGCUUGGUACUUGACCGCAGCAAUGUUCUUACUUAACAACACGUUCAUUCAGGGCUUACACUGUCUCGUCGGAUCAAACUAUCUCAACACCAUCUCUAACCACGGCAUGUGCACGAUUGGCUUUUCAGCCAUACUCGCUGCUAUCUCAUUCUUUUGCUCCCUGCCGCGCACGUUCUCGACCUUGGCAAAGGUUGCGACUGCUUCUGCGUUUUUUACAUUCGUUUCAGUGAUCCUUGCAACGGUCUUCGCCGUCAUCGAAGAUCGCCCCAACGGCUACGCUGGUACGCCUCCAAAGGUGCUGCUUGUACCUGCCGCAGGCACCGGCUUUGUCGCUGGGAUGAACGCUUUCAUGAACAUCAGCUACACCUUCAUCGGGCAAAUCACCGUCCCCAGCUUCAUAGCCGAGAUGAAAGACCCUCGUGACUUUCCCAAGGCCCUCUGGGCGGUAACGACUGCAGAGGUUGUGGUCUUCUCUGUGGUCGGGGCGGUCAUCUAUUCCCAGACCGGCACCAACUACAUUACGACUCCAGCAUUCGGCUCACUUAGCAACGAGGUUCACAAGAAAGUGUCGUUCUCGUUCAUGAUUCCGACAAUAAUAUUUCUGGGGGUCCUGUACGCCUCGGUCUCGGCACGCUUCAUCUACUUCAACAUCUUCACCGGGACGCGUCACUACGGGAACCACACUCUUAUCGGUUGGGCCAGCUGGGCAGCAAUCCUGGCCGCGACCUGGACUGCGGCCUUCAUCAUCGCGGGAGUGAUCCCAUUCUUCUCAGACCUCCUGUCGUUAAUGAGCUCGCUCUUCGACUCCUUCUUCGGGUUCAUCUUCUGGGGUACCGCGUACAUUAGGAUGAGACGAGCUGAACACGGCCCGAGGUUCUGGAGAGUCCGGGGCUGGAGAGGCGUGCUUGGAGUUGGCAUGAACCUGUCCCUGAUCGCGAUCGGAUUGUUGUUUCUUACUGGUGGCACUUAUGCUUCCGUCCGAAGUAUUGUCCAUGGCUACGAGCAAUCAAGCUUUGGUGGACCGUUCACUUGCGCGUCGAAUGGCAUCUGA